AUGUUCAAGAAAUCCUCCACAGUGGCCUUCAAGGGCGAAGUGAGGAUUCGUGGCAAGGAGACGAAGGCCCUCUCCAAGGCCUUGGCGGCUUCGGCGGGCGAGGCUGUGGCUGAGGUGAUCCUGCCGAACAAGGUGGAGAUCGUGGUGAGGAAGGCGGGUGGAGGAAGCACGCUCCAGUUCGUCUUCGCAGGCGACCAGUGUGUGCUGGUGCAGCUUGAUGGGAAGGCUGAUCUUGGACAGGGAGAGCUUAUGCCAAGCCUCGUGGCGCUCUGGAAGGUCCCCUCUGCUGAGUCAUGGCUUCCUUCUGCAAUCAUCCAGAGGCCGGUCUCCAAGUUCGUCUUUGGAGGGGCCAACGUGAUGGCUCCUGGCAUUCUACGCAUAGUGCCUGCUGAAGGAAGUGAGGUGCUGCCCAGAGAGGGCAACCUCGUUGCUGUGCGUGCGGAAGGAAAUCCUGCUGCUUGCGCAGUGGGUCGACUGCGACUACCAGCUGCAGCAGUAGGUGCUGGAACCAAGGGCGAAGCCGUCGAAGUCCUGCAUUACUUCGGCGAUGCUUUGUGGGAGGCAAUGGGAAGCCCACGGCCAGAUGGCUUUGUAGGUGCCGAGAUCCAGCCUACUGAGGCGAAGGAGGUGGAGGCUUCGGCACCGGCAGAAGCGGGAUAUCCUCCGACGACGGAGGUGGACGCCGCCAAGGACUCCGAAGAGUCCGGGGCCCAAGCUGGACCUGACAUGGACAAGUCACUCGAAGAGACCUUGCUGCAGGCCAUCAAGACUCGCAUCAAGGAUCGGGACUUGCCCAUGGCUGGCAACGUGGUGUACACGCAGCACAUGCGACCCUGCAGGAGGGCCGGAUCCAACAUCGAUGUCAAGGUUAGUUCUUUCAAGAAGCUCGGUGCAUUUCUUGCCCACGCCGAGGAGCUGGGAUGGAUUGCCAUGAAGAAGUCAUCAGAUCCUGUGAUGACGAGGAUUUUCCGCGACCACCCGGACAUCCGGGAAUGGAAGCCGUGGCCAAAGCAUGUCACGGCAGAAGCUGACGAAGCGCCGGCAGAAGCUGCAGGAAAAGAUGCGAACUGCCCGUCUGCAGCCAUCCAGAUUGAGCUGGUGUGGAAGAUAGUGAAGCUGAAGCCCAUACUGGAGGUGCUGAAGACAGAGAUGCCCCUCGAUGAGUGCUGGACACGGGAGGAGUGCUCACAAGCAGUGAAGUUGUAUGCAGACGCUCGUGACUUGUGGUUGAAAAACAACCGCAAGCGCAUCGGCCCGGACCCAUUGCUGCACUCUGCUCUGCAGACGCAGUCAGAGGAGUCGGCUGCCAGCAUGUCGCCCGACGCCGUCACAGACAAUAUCCUGAGGACACUUCCAUUGUGUCAUCGUGUGACUGCUCCGCAAGGCGGGGCUGCCGGAGGUGUGAAGACGAGCGUGAGGCCCGGCAAGCCCCCGUCGGUCCAGGUGAGAACAGACACACGCCGUGGUCACAACGUCACCUUGAUCCAGGGACUCGAGGCAUAUGGCGUCAACAUGGAGGCCUUUGCAUCUUCCUUGCAGAAGGCUUUGGCAUCUGCGGCCGUUGUGGAAGAGGCCUCGCCAACGCAAGCGGCCUGCGUGAUGGUCCAAGGCUUUUGGGAUGUGGCUGUGAUGGACUGGCUUGUAAAGGUUGGCAUUCCUUCAGAAUGCAUCCUGCAUCAGGCCAAGAAAGGGCAGCAACAGAAGAAAGCCAAGCAAGCUUCCAACAUCGUCAAGUCCUGA